UGCACAAACAGAUAAACUUUAUAUGUAAAUAUUGUUUGCGCAAAAUUCUAUAGCUGCAUUGUAGCAAGAGGGUAAGGUAAUUAGGAGGGCACUAACCUCAACUUGGAAAAUUGUAGGAACUAAGAAGGCCCCAAAUUUGAAGUCAAUUAAGUUGCAAAACGGAGUAAGGCAGUCAGAGUCAGCUACCCACCUCAACAAGAAAAGUAAAAAAUUCAGAGCCAAGCAUCCAAAUAAACCCCAAAAAUCACGAGAACAAAGAACCCUCCUUUAUCCCUCAUCUUUUGUCCAAGAAUGGAGGAGCAACAAAAUCUUUCAACUGAAACUGAACUUCACUACUGGGGUAAAACCCCAGAAGAAGAAUACUACAAGCAACAAGGAAUCAGAGCAUCCCACUCAUCCUACACCUCACCAAGAGGCCUCUCUCUCUUCACCAGGCGUUGGUUUCCAGACUCCUCCUCCCCUCCACGUAGCAUACUCUGUAUGGUCCAUGGGUAUGGCAACGACAUCAGCUGGACCUUCCAGUCUACAGCAAUCUUUCUUGCCCAGAUGGGUUUUGCAUGCUUUGGAAUUGACAUUGAAGGACAUGGCAGAUCUCAAGGACUCAAAGGUUAUGUACCCAAUGUUGAUCUUGUUGUUCAAGAUUGCCUGUCGUUCUUUAAUUUUGUCAGGCAAGAAGAUCCAAUUCUUCAUGGGCUGCCUUCUUUUCUAUAUGGUGAGUCAAUGGGUGGUGCUAUUUGUCUCCUGAUUCAUCUUGCAAACCCUAAUGGAUUUGACGGAGCAAUCUUGGUUGCUCCCAUGUGUAAAAUCGCUGAUGAUAUGAAGCCCAGAUGGCCAAUUCCUGAGGUUUUAUCAUUUGUCGCAAAAUUCUUGCCAACUUUAGCUAUUGUACCAACUGCAGAUGUUUUAUCAAAGUCAAUCAAAGUUGAGAAAAAGAAGAAAAUUGGACAAAUGAAUCCAAUGAGAUAUAGAGAGAAACCUAGACUGGGUACUGUUAUGGAGUUACUGAGGGUUACUGAAUAUUUGAGUAAAAGAAUAUGUGAUGUUAGCAUUCCUUUUAUUGUAUUACAUGGCAGGGCUGAUGUUGUUACUGAUCCAAAUGUGAGCAAAGCUUUGUAUGAAGAGGCAAAGAGUGAAGAUAAAACCAUCAAGAUUUAUGAUGGCAUGAUGCAUUCUUUGCUGUUUGGUGAGACUGAUGAGAAUAUUGAAACUGUUCGCCGUGAUAUCUUGUCCUGGUUGAAUGAAAGAUGUAAAGGAACUUAUUAGUAACUUGAUAGUCUGAGUUUGUCUAUAAGGAACUUAAAUUGCUGCUUGUUGCCUUCAUGGGCAGAGCAGCUGUUUUUAGGAGUUCAAUUACAGAAAACUUGGUCAGCACUAUAGUUUUCCUUUUCUGAUGGACUUGAUGAAUGAUUUGAAUUCACUGUGAGAUCCCAGUUCUGUUUGUUUUUUGAGUUUAA